CAGCUGCGCUCGCAACCAAUAACAAAAGGGAGGAGAACGCAUGCUUCCGUUGACAGAAGUAUUUUGUUUUCCGGUUAUGCAUGUUGUUUUUUAUUAAAGUGUUCAUAAGCUGAAGUUGCAGAGAACAAGAUAACAAUAAAGAAUAAGGAAGCCGACAAGAUUGAAGACUCCACUUCUGUCGAUAGGCGGUUCCGUCCUGAGAAUGCCAGCCAUGUCUAAGAGGGUACUGGAAAGAUACCGCGUCCGGAGGCUCACGGAGGCUGAAUCCAAGGCCUGCAAAGUGGACCGAGUUCGGAGCAGGAGGAUGGUGAACCUAGCCGCGGAGAUGGAGCGCUGGAGGGAACUGAAACGGCAGAAGAAUCUGCCCUCCGACGCGGCUGUAGCAAAGUUACUAUUGGAUGCAUACAUGUCUAUUGAAAGACAGCAACAUGUUAGUCUGAGGGGAAGCUCUUCAGAAGGUGCUGGUGAGAUAGCUGCUGCUGAGCCAGUUUCACACUCUGCUGAACACAUUGAAGAGGACAAGCUGGGGGCUGUGUGUCUGAGAGAGGAUCCUGCACGGCCUCCCGAGCUGGGCGCUGUGUGUCUGGGAGAGGAUCCUGCACGGGCUCCCGAGCUGGGCGCUGUGUGUCUGGGAGAGGAUCCUGCACGGCCUCCCGAGCGGGGCGCUGUGUGUCUGGGAGAGGAUCCUGCACGGCCUCCCGAGCUGGGGGCUGUGUGUCUGGGAGAGGAUCCUGCACGGCCUCCCGAGCUGGGCGCUGUGUGUCUGGGAGAGGAUCCUGCACGGCCUCCCGAGCUGGGCGCUGUGUGUCUGGGAGAGGAUCCUGCACGGCCUCCCGAGCUGGGGGCUGUGUGUCUGGGAGAGGAUCCUGCACGGCCUCCCGAGCUGGGCGCUGUGUGUCUGGGAGAGGAUCCUGCACGGCCUCCCGAGCUGGGGGCUGUGUGUCUGGGAGAGGAUCCUGCACGGCCUCCCGAGCUGGGCGCUGUGUGUCUGGGAGAGGAUCCUGCACGGCCUCUCGAGCGGGGCGCUGUGUGUCUGGGAGAGGAUCCUGCACGGCCUCCCGAGCUGGGGGCUGUGUGUCUGGGAGAGGAUCCUGCACGGCCUCCCGAGCUGGGCGCUGUGUGUCUGGGAGAGGAUCCUGCACGGCCUCCCGAGCUGGGCGCUGUGUGUCUGGGAGAGGAUCCUGCACGGCCUCCCGAGCUGGGCGCUGUGUGUCUGGGAGAGGAUCCUGCACGGCCUCCCGAGCUGGGGGCUGUGUGUCUGGGAGAGGAUCCUGCACGGCCUCCCGAGCUGGGCGCUGUGUGUCUGGGAGAGGAUCCUGCACGGCCUCCCGAGCUGGGGGCUGUGUGUCUGGGAGAGGAUCCUGCACGGCCUCCCGAGCUGGGCGCUGUGUGUCUGGGAGAGGAUCCUGCACGGCCUCUCGAGCGGGGCGCUGUGUGUCUGGGAGAGGAUCCUGCACGGCCUCCCGAGCUGGGGGCUGUGUGUCUGGGAGAGGAUCCUGCACGGCCUCCCGAGCUGGGCGCUGUGUGUCUGGGAGAGGAUCCUGCACGGCCUCCCGAGCGGGGCGCUGUGUGUCUGGGAGAGGAAAUGGAAAAACACACAGGGCCUCCAGCUGGUAGCACUGAACAGAAACUGUGCCAAUCGCUGACAACUGGAGACAAGCGUCGUCCUUACCCCUGCUCUCUGUGUGAGAAGAGCUUCUGGGCUCCGGGAAAACUUAAAAUCCACCACCGAGUCCACAGCGGGGAAACCCCUUACCUCUGCGCUGUCUGUGGGAAGAGUUUUAGCCAGGCAGGGUCCUUGAAGAGGCACGAGCAUGUGCAUGUUCACACAGGAGAGACGCACCGAGAAAAACACAAUGGGCAGAAUUCUCACCAAUCGCUUAGAACUGAAGACAAGCGUCGCCCUUAUCCCUGCUCUCUGUGUGAGAAGAGCUUCUGGGCUCCAGGAAAACUCCAAACCCACCACAGAGUCCACAGCGGGGAAACCCCUUACCUCUGCGCUGUCUGUGGGAAGAGUUUUAGCCAGGCAGGGACCUUGAAGAGGCACGAGCGUGUGCACACAGGAGAGACACCGCAUCACUGUCCUGAGUGUGGGAAGGGCUUCAAGUACGGCGGGGACCUGAAUAGGCACAAGCGCACCCACACGGGAGAGAAGCCCAACCUCUGCCCCGAGUGUGGGAGGGGCUUCAGCGAGGCGGGGAGUUUGAAAGCACACCGCCGAAUUCACUCCGGGGAGAAGCCGUACCAGUGCAAGGUGUGUGCGAAGCACUUCCGCUUCUUAAUCAACCUCCACACGCACCAGAGAAGACACACAUGCCGCCCUCCGCGGAUUCGUUGAUGUCCAAGUAAAUCACCCAGAACUUCAAAUACAUUAUUAUUAUUAUGAUUUAUUUCUUAGCAGACGCCCUUAUCCAGGGCGACUUACAAUCGUAAGCAAAUACAUUUCAAGUGUUACAAUACAAGUAAUACAAUAAGAGCAAGAAAAUACAUGUCAUUGUAAAGGCAGGUUCGUACUUUGGCUGUGCGGCACAACCAGCUUGGGGAUUUUGAAGUAUGAACCAGCCUAAAGGUAAAACCUAGCAAGUGUAUAUUAUUCGAUUUAUUGAAAAGGUAAAGAGUUACAAAAUGUAUAAAAAAUAACCAAAUAAACUUACUUAAACUGCCUGAAAUAAAAAUCUAGCCAAAACGUUUGUUACUAGAAUUAAUCUCUUGUAGUUUUUACCUGUGUUUAUUUCUAGUUUUGUAUCUUUAACAGACAACUUCUAAAUGUUUGUCACUUGCCUUUAUUUUUUAAAAAGGAGUUCUAGCUGUGGAAUUACUCCCAUAAGUCUUAGAAUAAUAAAAGGUGGGUGUGUAAGGCAUUGCUGUAAUGAAAUUGUACUGCUGCAUUGUUCUACAAGGACACCAGUAUAUUUACGACAUGCAGCAAACACCCCGUGCAUUGACUUUAAUGUACAAAUAGAAGCCACCCCCACUCGGCCCUUAUAAAGUACAUGUAUUCCAUAUGCACGUUGAAACAAUGUGCUGAAUGACAGAUACAUGGUUAGAAAUGCAAUGUUAAUUAUUGUCAUCUGAAAAAAAGUCACUGUAACAGGGUUUGAAACAUCCACCAGUCCUGCACCCAGUCCAGGGUUUCAAAACUCCCCUUGUUUAGGUAUAUUAUUGAAAUCACCAGGUGUUGGGAGUUUGAAAAAUCAGGCCACUGUUAGCAGUUGUUCUUGCAGCUAUAAGGAAAUGAACAAUAUGGUUGCUCAAACUCCUGGCUGUUGAAUCAUUUAAAUAAUGUAGUAAUUGAUGGUACAGCAGUCAGGAACCCAGGAGUGGUUGCAGGGCUAGUGUGAGUUUCUAACCUUGCUAUAAUAAUGACAUAUAAAAUGAAAUAUUAUCAUCCUAAUCGAGAAAAAAAAAAGAAACAUGUUAUUUAUGGAAGCCAUAUUCAACGCUUGGUUCAAACUGAUGGUGAUCUUUAUUUUUAAAAAAAUAAAUUAAACAAUACAAAACAGGA